AUGGAAUGGUGGAAUUGCGCAGCAGACAAAGAAGCAGAUGAGGAAGAAGGUAGUGCAGGAACGGGACCCACUGACGAUACGGAAGAUGACACCGAGCAUGGAAAACACAUUCUGCCUCUUAGUUCACACGCGACCAGUAUUGAGGUGUCGGCCAGCAUGCAAGACUUCUUUAAAAUGUUGGACGAGAAGAUUGAAAAGGGAAAAGACUACGAUUCAUCGAGUGAGUCUGAGGUGCGAAUGGAAAAAGAACGAAGGAAAAAAUUAAUUGAUCAGUGGCGAUCUGCAUCACUAUCAACUCAGUCUUCACAAUCUCAACCCAGUCCUCCUACUCCAGCGAGAAGAAGAAUGCCGAGGCCUAUACCACAACCACCAGAACGUCAAAAUAGUCCGGGAGCAGUCAAAAGAUGUUACAGGCAACAACACGUUCCAGAUGGGAUGUCUCCACCGCCGAGAAGAGCGCAUAGUGCUCAAUCCCACCAUCCACCAGAUGCACGACAAAUCAACGGUGACAAUUGGCAUGAUCCAACAAAAUCACCAGUCAAGAGACCGCAGAGCGCUGGAUCUACAUGGAAAAGUAAUCCCAAAGUUGCUCCAUACAACCAAAAACCCAAAAAGAACGAAGUAAAUGAAAACCAAAGAACAAACCAAAAAGACUCAGACACGUCCACUUGUCAGUCAGUUAAUAUUAGUCAAGACGUAUCUCAAAUUACUUAUAAUCCAACAUUCCAAACUCAUAGUCCUGCACAUUCAGCUAAGUCUCAACAACCAUACAUAGCGCAGAUAAUAAGUUACCCUUUGUCACAACAAGUUGCUCCUCCAUCACCACCAAAAUUCAUAGCGCCACCGGAGGAGUAUCAAGAUCCUCAGAAUCACGUGACAGAUAAUAAAUAUAGUGCAAGCCAAAAGCAGACCCCAAGUCAAUCGCCUCAAAUGAACCCUCAGUCACACAUUUACUACAUCCACGGUAACACAUCAACGAACGUUUCUAAUCAACAAGACUUGGCUCAACAAAGACAACAAACAGCUAUCCACCUACAACAGUACGUGGCAAUGAAACAAGCCCAGCAGCAUAUGUUCACAUAUUUACAAAGGGGACCUCAUACCGUUUUCCCUAAUGUAGACUAUGUUCAAAUGCCAACAAAUCCUAGAAUAUACGAGGGAGAAGAAUUUACAGCUCAAUACGGCCAUCCAGCUUUAAGGCCACACAGUGCCCCAACACCAGUAGGAGUCGUAAGGCCGAUGCCACUUCCUCCAGCAUUCAGUCCAUUACCCGAGGGAUCGCAUAUGGUUCAAAUGCCCAUAUGGCCUCAUAUGCCUCCCGUUGUCUCCACGAUGGGUCCCUGGUUACCAGGGCAAGGACACGAACUACAAUACUACCCUCAAUCUCAAUUUAUGCCAAUGUACAGAGCGACCUCUGCCGGUUCCGCUGGUACACUAACCAGGUAUCACAAGAAGGAAACUAGCGACGGUGAAGUCAAGAAUGUGUGCCAAAGUAUAAACUUAGUGAGGCAGAAACAGAUUGGACAGAUAGUGUCUUUACCUGGCCAGGAAUUGACCGUGUGUAAUAACACAAGCGAUAGCCCCAGUCCGGCGUCCGUGAGCACUGACAGCGGCGUGUCACCUGGAAACAGUGCUCCUAGUUCUAAGGCGUCCGUCUUUAGCCCAUCUCCAGUGACGUCGGACACUUUCGUCGCUGUAGAAAGUAAAACUAAGAAAAUAAAGUCUGCACCAUUCACGCGAUCUCUAAAAAAUUCUAAAAGUUUAGAUUCUUAGUGCAACUUUGUAAUUAUGUAGAUUUUCUAAGUGUACGUAGAUUCUAGUCGGAGUAUGUAAAUUAUAGUGAAAUUAGAUUCGUAUGCUUAUCAUUGUAUAGUUCAUUUUUAUUCGAUCAAUGUUAAAGUCGAUAUCCUCUUACGUUUGUAAGUUUGCGUCAGUAUCACUAAAUUUUAGACUCGCUCUGUGAUUUUCCGUUGAGAUAUAAUUUAAAUGUCCACUUGUGAUUUUGUCAUACCCUAGUAAUUUAACUUUGUGCCUUGCAGUCAUUGGUUGGUUGAGUGCUCAUUUUUGUCUGCUCUAAUAAACAUUUAUUAUUGUAAGCAGUAAUUUGUAAACACUGAUUUCUGCAAUGACUGCACCACUUAGUUUAAGAAACGGGUACGUAAGUUUAUCAUUAUUUAUUAAUUUAUUAACAAAAUUAAUAAUAAAUUAUUCUAAAUGUAUGUUUAGAUAAAGACAUGUAAAUGGUACCUCCAAGUGCCGAACGCUGCAUUUUGAAUUAUCCAUUAAUUAUAAUAAUUAAGAAAGA